AUGUUGUCUAACCCACUCCAACGGUUUUCACCGUACCACGCCUUACCUUCUAAUGCAUUACUUUCAAACGGCCAUGUGCCUGGGAGCCACCUCCACGCGGCUGGCCUCGACACCUUUGGCCAUGGAUCUCAAUACACUAUCCAACACCUUCAACAACAUGUAGGAGUUCAUGCCCCACAUCUAGCCCGAGCACCGCAGCCAAAGCAUCGACAACAUCCCUACGGGGGACCUAGUACGAGGGCUACAGGAGCAGCCGGCCCCAUCAGAAGAAGGAUAAGCAGGGCUUGCGACCAGUGCAACCAGCUGAGGACCAAGUGUGAUGGACAGCACCCUUGUGCCCAUUGCAUAGAAUUUGGACUGGGCUGUGAGUAUAUCCGAGAACGAAAAAAGCGAGGGAAAGCGUCCCGUAAGGAUCUUGCCCAGCAAGCAGCUGCCCAGGCAGCAGCCGCCGCCGCUCAAAAUGGCCAGAAAUCGCCAAACCUAAACGACGAUAACGAAGCCUCCGGCGAGCAACAAACGGACAAUGCGUCUUCCGUGAAGCCGGAACAACAGACAAGCUCUAGUGAUAAGGCAUUAAACGAUAUCAACGAAGAUGCCAUACAGCGCAGUCAAAGGACGGGGAGUCUCGAUAGCUUAGCGGACUUGAGCUCUCACCAGCCUCAUUUAACAGGUCAUCCUAGUGGUAUGGAGCGGGAUCAACUUGAUAGCCCUACUUCGUUGGAUCUCAAUGGAUAUGGGAAUGUUCAGAACCCAUACGACAGGCAAGGAAUGGGUCAUUUGAUGGGUGGGACUACACACAACACAUACGGCUCAAACCAAGGCAAUCUCUCGAAUUACCCCGAGAUUCCUUACACAUUGCAAACCCAAAGUCCUACUAACUACUCAUCUAACGCCCAGCCGACAUUUCGGAUAGGUACCAGCCCCCUCAGCGCAUACCCUAUAGGCGGAGAGCCUGCGUCGCCUGGAUGGAUGUCAAUGUCUUCGCCUCCACCGCAGUUCCAGUCUCACAUCCCCCAAAAUAACUACCACCAGCAGCUAAGAUACCCAGUUCUCAACCCCCUAAUACCCCACCUUGGAAAUAUCAUUCCUGUGUCUCUCGCUUGCGACUUGAUCGAUUUGUAUUUUGCCAGUUCGUCGUCUGCUCACGCCCACCCAAUGUCACCCUAUGUUCUCGGCUUCGUCUUUCGAAAACGAUCAUUCUUGCAUCCUAGCAAACCUCGCCAAUGCCAGCCGGCACUUCUAGCAAGCAUCCUCUGGGUGGCAGCACAGACGAGCGAUGCCCCAUUUUUAACCAGCGUUCCGUCCGCGAGAGGCAAAAUCUGCCAGAAGUUGCUUGAACUUACUGUUAGCUUGCUUAAGCCAUUAAUACACACUCCAUCUGGUGAAGCUUCGCCAGUUUCCAGUCCAGUAAUCGACGGUGUAGCCUUAGGGGGGUUAGGUGUUGCCCUUCCUGGCUCUAUGAGUAUGGAAAAUCUCACGGGAGAAUCUGGGGCUUUUGGCGCCGCUGGGACGCUUGACGACGUUAUCACUUACAUCCACCUAGCCACGGUAGUUUCCGCUAGCGAAUACAAAGGUGCUAGCCUUCGAUGGUGGAAUGCCGCGUGGUCUCUCGCGAGAGAGUUGAAACUUGGCCGAGAACUCCCAGCGAGCGCACCUUCAAUGGUCCAAGGUAACAAUGGCAAUGAUGUCGAUGCAGAUGGCGAAACCGAGGAUGGUCUUGGUAACAAUGUCGCCCCCGGAACUGUUAGCGAAGAGGAACGAGAAGAGCGGAGGCGGAUAUGGUGGCUUACCUAUAUUGUAGACCGUCACCUAGCACUAUGCUACAACAGGCCACUAUUCUUAUUAGAUAUCGAGUGUGAGGGUCUUCUUCAGCCCAUGGAUGAUACCGAAUGGCAGAACGGAAACUUUAAUGCCCAUACCACGGAUCCUGCCUUAUCGGAACAGUCUGGGUCCGAAGGAGUUCGGGUGCGUGGGCCACACUUUGAGUGUACCGGUCACAGUAUCUUUGGUUACUUCCUGCCCCUGAUGACUAUACUAGGCGAGAUCGUUGACCUUCACCAUGCUCGUAAUCACCCCCGCUUUGGCAUUAGUUUCCGUUCGGCCAGGGAAUGGGAUGAUCAACAAGCUGAGAUUGUGCGACAUCUCGAGGCGUAUGAGCAAAGCCUAAAGAUGUUUGAGCAAAGACAUUUCAACGCCAGUUCUGAAGAUAAGAACGAGCAGUCUGCUACGUUGGAGAUGCCGUCUGAACUAGACCAGAUCGGCUCGCCAUCAGGACGAUCUGUGCAUACCAGCUCGUCACGCAUGACCGAAUCCGAUAUUCAAACCCGUAUCGUCAUGUCUUACGGUACACAUGUCAUGCACGUACUGCAUAUUCUUCUCACUGGAAAGUGGGAUCCUAUAAACCUCAUUGAUGAUAAUGACUUGUGGAUCUCGUCACAAGGCUUCAUUACAGCUACGGGACACGCUGUAUCUGCCGCAGAAGCUAUUAGCAACAUACUCGAAUAUGACCCAGGCUUAGAAUUCAUGCCUUUCUUCUUCGGAAUAUAUCUACUACAAGGCUCAUUCCUAUUACUACUUAUUGCCGACAAGCUACAGCUUGAGGCUUCGGCUAGUGUAGUCCGUGCCUGCGAAACCAUCAUCCGCGCCCAUGAAGCGUGCGUUGUUACGCUAAACACUGAAUAUCAGCGCAACUUCAGCAAGGUGAUGCGUAGUGCUCUCGCCCAAGUUCGCGGUCGCGUGCCUGAAGACCUUGGCGAGCAGCAUCAGCGUCGCCGGGAGCUUUUGGCCUUGUACCGUUGGACCGGUGACGGUACAGGUUUAGCCUUGUGA